UCCGCUCGUAGCGAGCGUACAGUCGCGUCUCUGCGCCCGUGUUCGCCGCUUCGUUUCCACUCCACGAUCGGUCUUCGUUCAUCGCGUCGCGAUUUUUCGAUAAAUUUACGGACCCUUCGCCUCUUGUGAGACAAGAUAGGGAGCUCGUGAUAAUAACUAAAAGGCGAAUCGAAUCGGAUCGAACAGGAUCCGUCCCCGCGAGGAGCGAAAAAAGUGGUGUGGAAGAAGCUUGGGAUGGGAGGGGGAUGAAGAGGUCGAGUUAGAUGGGGAAACUUUGAAAGACUCGAUCGGCGUUCGGCGAUUGUAGGUGCAACGAGGGGGAUCGAAUGGCGAUGAAUUCGCGGAUCGAUCGGUUCUUCGCGAGAGAAGAAUGUUGAGAUUGAGAGGAGGAGCGGCGUGAACGAAAGUGAAAUGGGAUUGGAGGGUUUUCCUGUUUCGAGGGAAUAAUCCUUCCAUUCCAUUUUAUUUAUUUUUUAUCAAAGGUGUCGAAAUAAUUACCGAGGACGAUCUCACGGUUUAAAGAAAGGUGGUGGAAUAAUUGAAAGGAGGGAGAAAAGUGUAAAGAAGGAGAAGCGUAAAGGUGAUAAAUUAAAGCGAAAUGGGAGAUCGUGGUGUCUCCUCUGGAGGAAAGAAAGCUAGGAAAUGAAGGAGCGGGAUAAUAACGCGAUCAAAGAAAGCGAUGAUUAAACUGUCGAAGUGUAGUUGAAUCUUGAAUAAUUAACUCGUAUUUUUUUUCUCUACGAAAAGACAAGCAAUUAUUUAUGUUAUUUGUUUUUGCACAAAACUAUUUAGAGAAGAACAUUUGCGAACAUUGCUUCGAUAAUUCUCAGAGAUUCGAAUUCGAAGAUCGAUCUAACGUGACAAAAGUGAAAAAGUUGAAAAAUUAAGUUAGAAAAGAAAAAAAAAAAAAAAAAGUCAGGUGCUGGAGCAAACUUUUGAUCGAAUCGAGAAUCGGGAGUAAAUUUUCGUUGGGACAGCCGAUAACUGUUACUUUUCAACGGAACGCCGCGCUAAUUUCGAGCAGAUAGCUCCUUCGUAAUUGUCCGAUCUCCCUCCAGAGAUUAUCCGGAUGCGAUUGCGUGCGUUGCAUCGCGCUGCAUUAUGCAACGAAAGCGACGAUUUAAUCGACCAGAGACGAGCUUACGUUGAAACGCUCGAAGAUUACCUGUGGGAAUAGAAUUGGAUGGAGAGUAGAGUAACGAGCAACGAUAUCGAUCGCACGCGUUAAGUAUUUAUAACCGUGCCUUAUCAAUCCUGCACACAGACGACAAAACGUUUUCGAAUAUAUACAAAUACGAAACCUCUUCUUCGAAAGAACCUCGAUCGUCGCGCUUAAUUCCUCUCUCCAAUUAUCUAAUUAUUUAAAAGGCUUCUUAAAUUAUUUAACAUCUUUUAUUUAACAAAACAAGUUUCUUCAAAUGCGAAGAUAGACGAGCGAAAGAUAUUUAAAUCGCUCGCCAAGUCUCUUUCGUGUAACGAACAAACAAAAAUAAAUAAAGUGGAUAAAUAAUCGAGAUGGAUUUACAAUAUCCAUUGUGCGGUGUCAGUUUCGUGCUUCUUCUUCGUAUACUCGAGUGUCCAGCGAGGGAAGAAAUUUAAACCUUCUACUAACUCGUAUCUCGUUUCGACGAUUCAAGUAAGAGAUCGGUUUUACUUCGAUCGAUUUGUUUCGAAAAUUUCGAAGGUGCGGAUUAUUCACGAUGACGACGAGAAAUUUUAUGAUCGUUUUAUCGUUGCUCAUCGAUGCUUCUUACGCGUUCAACAAAUGCUGCUCCCCCGGCGAAGUUUUCACGGGGACGUCGAAGGUGAAUUGUGCUCCAACACCUCUCAACUGUUCCAUCGAACUGUUCCUCGCCAACGGAAGUAACAGCGGAUUUCCUAUUUGCGAGAAACCCGAAUAUAUCGCCACGACUCCGCUCGACCAGCUCAACUCUAUGAGUUUCGUACAGAACACGUCCUGUAUAGAAAUUCUUCACGAACCAUCCACAUCUCAGAACGUACCGAUACUCGUGCAUUGUAACUCGAACGAGAAGGAGCAACUCUUUUCCUCCCAAUCCUUGUCGAAAUUGCGAUUCUUAAACGUUAGAAGGUGUUGCUCGAGCAACGAGGUGUUUAACGUAAUGCCAGGAAACUGUGAAUCGUCUAAGAACGUUGAAGAUGAUCUUUUAACGUUUUUUAACGUCACUGCGAAGGACGAGUUUCAGAAUAUAAAGAUAAUUUCGAUCAAUAAAGAAUUGCUUGAAUGCCCAAAAUCGAACGCCAUGUUUACUUAUGAAAUCGAUGCAGAGGACGUCACCAUCCUCGAUGAAUCUUUAAAGGUGAAGGUGUACUCGUGGGAAAACCAAACCGUGGAGAGUUUCACGAUCACAGAGAAGAACUCGUGUCUCGCGGUGACGCCGGAUUUCCGGUCGAAACGGCGCAUAGUUGUUCGCGUCUGCAGGGACGAAGAAUUGUGUCGGGACGGCAACUGUGUGAAUAAGUGUUUUAAAAAGACUAAAUCCAUGUGCCAGGAAAUACUGAUAAGCAAUUUGACUUUCUACGACAAGAUUUCGAAUAUCACUGGGACACCUAGAAACGUCACAGAAUAUGGGGUGAUCAGAUUUGAAUUGAAUUGCUCAAACGGAAUGUAUAUGGAACGCAUAGAGGACACGUUCGGGAUAUCAUCGAAUGGAAGCUUGAAGCUAUUGCCAGACAGGGAAUGGUUGACGCAAGACAGUUAUUGCGUGGAUAUGUUAUUCAACAACAAACAGGACAACUAUUGUAAGGAAGAUUUGUACGCCUUAAUCUGCUUCCCCGAAAGCACUGAAAACAUCAGAAAAAUACUUAAGACUAUUUUGGAAGGCAUCAGUUUCAUUUUCUUGCUAUUAACUCUGAUCGUUUACAUUUGCCUGCCUGUGCUUCAAAAUCUGCAUGGAAAAACUCUCAUGUCCCACGUGGCGAGUCUUAUGAUAGGAUAUCUUUGCAUUUCUUUAUUACCUUGGUUGAGAGAUAUUAAACAGAAUAAUAUCAUAUUCUGCUGUGCAUCAGGAUUCUUGUUGCUCUUCUCCUUCCUGUCAGCUUUUUCCUGGUUGAACAUCAUGUGCUUCGAUAUAUGGCGAACAUUCGGGAGGUUGCAGGGUAAUUUCACCAGAGAUCAAAAUCACGGCAAGACGUUUCUAUUGUAUUGUCUAUACGCGUGGGGUCUGCCAAUGUUCAUCACGGUCUUUGGCAUCCUGGACGAUCAGAUUUUAAUUCUGCCAAAUAAUUUCCGUCCUCAUUUUAACGAGUACUGCUGGUUCAAAGGACACGGGCAAAUUAUUUACUUCAGAGGUGUGGUCGCCAUCCAACUUCUAACAAACAUGGUGUUCUUCUUCUUGACGACAAAACAGUGCAACAAGGUGAAAGCAGAGUUAAAAAAGGUUACCAUCGACCCAUCAGAUCCAAGGAACAAACAAUUUCUCGCCAACAAAUCCAAAUUCAUCAUAAACAUGAAGCUGUUCAUCGUGAUGGGUAUAUCCUGGAUAGGAGAGAUCGUCUCGGCCCUGAUCGAAAAUUACGCCCCCUUCAAAUACCAGAACCAACUUUUCUAUCUGACCGAUACAUUCAAUUGUCUCCAAGGCUUGUGGAUAUUUAUCCUGUUCGUGGUUAAACGUCGGGUUCAUCAGGCGUUGAAGAAACGGCUAGGCUUCGACGAGAAGAAAAAGUUUAGCCGAGUUACCGCCUCCCUUCAAGAUCCGUUCAAAAUGAGGAAAAGCGUGAGUAACAGCACUUUAACGUCCACGUUCGCGGUUAGCUCGAUACCUUGAUCGAUCGUCCUUCAAAUUCUAUUCAUAAGUUCUAAUCGAUCCAAAGAAAUAUAGAUAUAUUUUUUGUAUUUUUUUUUUUUUCUACACAGAGCUAUUAUAUAUUUUUACAUUCUGCUUUUCACGAUGCAAGUACGAUAACUUUAUAUCUUGGGUGUAUAGAAUAACGGAAAUCAAAUUGAUAUAUGUAUAUAUUGCGGAUGUUUACGUUAAAUUUGUUAUUUUAGGAUAAAUAUACCCUACGUAGAAAAAGAUGGAGAUUUUAGAUUAGAUAUAUAUUUCGCACAAUUCGAAGAAUAUAUAAAUAUUUACGAUUUAAUCAUAUUUUUUUGAAAUUUUGCAAAUGUCAAAGAGGGGUAUUUGUAAUUUUUUCUUUUUUUUUUUUUUUUUCCACAACAAGUUCUAUCCUUCUUUUUUUUCCUUUCUUAAAUUUUAAUUUGAACUUUCGUUAAUCUUCCAUUCACUUAGGAUCACUUUUCGUUCUUCCUUCUUCGCAAAAAUACUCUCAAAAAUUCUAUCUUACUGCCACGUUAGUUGACGUCGCUUUUUUUUUUUUUUUUUUUUUUUUUGUACAAAUUGAGAGUACAAAAGUGGGAGAAGCUGGAAAAAGCUUUCCCUCUAUUUUCCUCGAUCGAAACUUUCCUCAGGGAAUGAAAAGGAUAUUGUACAUUUAUUUUUUUUAAAAAUUUAAUCGGUAUAUUACUCGUUUAUCUUAUAUAUCGUAUAAAAUUAUUGCAUAAGUUUUAUAUAACGAUGUUCAUAAUUUUCUAUAUUUGGAUAUAUAGCUUAUCGUUAUACAGGGGAAUUGUUCCUCGCCUGCAUACGAUAAAUUUAUAAUCAAACAAAUUAUUACGUAUUGUUAAUCGAGCUUUAAAUAUCUAUAUCUGUUAAAUUUAUUAACGUUAAAUUUAUUAUGUUCAAAUGAUGAAUAAUAUUAAAAAAAAAAAAAAA